AUGGGCUCAGGCAAGCUCGGUGGUCAGAGUGACUGGAAGCAGCUUCCCUUACGAGAGAAGGCGGCCCGGGCCGCGGAGCGACGCGCGGCCGAGGCGAAGUGGGGUUUUGGGCCGGAAGAGCUGCCAGACGAGGCAAGCGUCUCCAGUGCCCCACCGGCGAGCGCCCCCAAGCGCAGGUGGUGCCAAAGACUAGGCUGCUCCUGCCCAGCCCCGCACCCUGAUCUGCCUGUGAAAUCCGAACUUGAAGACAAACUCCUUCAGGAGGCCAUCUUGGCCUCCCUUGCCGAGUCUCAGAGCCUACAGAGCCUCCAGAGCCCCAGCAUAGGCUGCAUUGUUCUCAGCGACGAUGAAGGAGCCGCUGAGUCCAACGCUCGCUCAGAGCUGGGACAAGUUCCCCGCGAGAGGGUCACUCUGGGCACCUUUUGGCAUCUGGCCUGCCAGCCUCCAAAGCGCAUGGACGCCGACGAAUUGCAUCCCUACGCAUCCCUGCUGCCCUUUCUGACUGGUGUGCCGGCUGAUGCCAGCCCGGUGCAAUCGCCCGAGACGGCUCGGUUAACACAUUGGCGCCCCAUGAGCACAGGAAAUUCGGGCAGAGGGGAGGCCCUCCAGGUGGUUCUGGACGGGCUGGAGUUUGCCCUGCGCUUGAUGGGGGCAGAUGCUCCACACGCUGCCCGACUUGCCAGGGUUGAACCUCGGGUGGCCCUAUCACGACGGCUUUGCAGCGGUGCCUCGGCCUCCCAGCGCCUAGUGCAGGAACUGGCAAUUCCAUCCUGUUCCCGGCAUGCCGCCGAUGUUUGUCAACUGGAGGGCGACUUGGAAGACCCGAGACGCUCGCCUGCCAUGGACUUGAAGACGUCCAUCAACAACUUGGAGGAGUCAUUGAAGGCUGCCAGCCGCGAUGUCAAAACGACUGCGCCAUCAGCCUUCCCUUCGCUUUCGCAGGAGCUGCCAUGCCUGAAGAGCCAGGGCUCAAUCGUCACGACGCCAGCAGAUUCAGAGUUCCAUUUGUUCGGACCCGGAUUCACUGCUGAUGCCUUUCGCGUGGCCGAAGAGAUGGCAGGGCAGCCGUUGCCAGCCGAUCUGCUCUCUCCCCCGGACUUGGCAGAAGUUGGUCCGCAUGAUGUACAGAAUCCUGCCGACCUGGUACAGCUGCUCGGGAGAGCCUGCUCAUCGUGUCUCAAGCUGCUGAAUCAACAGCGCUUGCUCACAAGCGCGCACCAUCUCUGUUUUUCCCUAGCGGCACGCGUGCUGCUAUCACUGCCGCUGGACCCUUCAUGGUACAAGCGCCCGGACUUCAACUGGACGUUGGAAACGCAGAACUUCAUCCUCGAACGCCUUCAUCUGCUCAUCCGCCAAUUGGCAAUGGCAGCUCUCGCUCUGGGACCAGCUGGCGACGCGGGACCAAGGGCGGUUGCUGCCAUGGCGGCGGCUGUCGCUUUCGACGCGGUCGCGCGACAACCCACGGAGAACGUCGCCUCCCUGCUCUCACAGGCCUUGGGCCAGGGACUGUGCCUCGGCUCAGGCUCCUUCGUGGCUGAGUCCUCGGAGCAGGCAAUCUCCUGGCCCCGAGCGGCAAAGGCCCGGAGCGAGAUUCUGGAAUACUUCGAGGCGGCAUCGAUCGCUGGCCAUCAACCUGUGUUCCAAGGAGUCGAGGUCGGACAGGCAGAACUGCAGUUGCUCAACGGCUGCUCCUUGUUGCUAGGUCUCGGUCCCGUUCGAUCCACUGCGGUGCAGCUCCUUUCGGGCGAGGAUCCCUCCCUCAUGGCGCAACUGCCGCAACUUGGGAUGAUGCGCGAUGUGGGAUUUCUGGCACAGCUGCUCUCCCGAAGCGGCGCUCUGCCCUUGACCACGCCCAAGAGUGGCAAUCAGAAUUUGCUGGGAACAUUGAGCUGGCGCAGCCAGGAGGGGAGCACUUCUUUGACUGUGCGGGGUCUGGCGCAGGGCCCGGCAACGGUCUUGGAGGCCUUGCUGCCGGUGGGGGCGGCCAAUUCUAAGGACAAGCAGUCGGGCGUACUGGCCAGAAUGAAGAAGGGCCUUCUUGGCCUGACGGGCGCGGAGCGGCGAAGUGCAGCCGCGUCGCAGGCAGAUCCCGGCGCACUGGUUGGCGAGAAGCUGCGGAGCGAAGAGGAUGUCCUCUUCCUUCCGUCGUCGAAGCUUCGAGCCUUUGAAGGCCUGUCACCUUCUGAAGCGGAGGUCGUACUGACCAUGUUGCUUGCUCCUUACCUUCGCAUACCGCUCCUCUUGGGCUACCUGGGCACAUCCGAGCGCAUCGGUGCGUUGGCAGAUGAACGGCUCCAGGGCGUCCUGGAGGCCGCGGUCUUCGAACCGGGCCCUUGGAGGUCCUCCACGCGGCCUCCGGAGAUCCCUGAGGCAAGUGGGGCUCCAACGCGUUCCCAUUUGGCCACUCCAUGUGGCCUUUUGAUUAACGAGCUGUGCAACGCACCGCGCCCGACGUUGGCCGGGGCUGCAGCCUUGCUCCAAAGUGCCCUCGAGCGUGACACGGGCAGAGCUGCAGCGGCUCCCAUCGGUCUUAUCCUCUUUGCGAUACGGAUGGGCUGCAGAAUCUUCUCUUUCGCGAAGGCGCUUUUGGAGUCCGAAGGUGCAGGCUCUUUGGCAGUCGCGAUUGCACUUGGUGCGGGUCGGCCGUCAGUGGAGGCUGCCGUGGAUCCACUCAAGAAGCAGCUGCUAGCCUCCAGGAAAGUCCUCCAGCGAUGGGCGACUGAAGCGGCGGAGCAUGGCAAGGCUGCGCUGGCCUGUGCCGUUUGGUCUCAUCUCGCCAUGCUUCAGUCCUGCCUUGGCUGGGGCGAGGCUGAGGCUCCGGUGGCGCUCCUGGCCUCGCAGCUCCUGAUGUCGAUGCACGGCCUAGAUGCAGUCUUUGAACGGAGCGAAGGGCGCAGUUCUUUCAGUGAAAGCCACGCAUCACCCAUGGUUCGCGCUGGAUCGGGACAGCUGCCUGGUGCAGAGCAGGAUCCCAUGGGAGGAGGCUCUGCCUGCGAGAUGUUCGCGAUCCUUGCGGAAGAGCGCACGAAUCUGGCCCGGUGGCUACGCCAAGGAGGUAGCCAAGCUGCAGCUGCGCUCGAAGCCGCAGUGGCCAUCGCAUCGCUUUCCAGAGGCAACAGUUCAGGUGCCACUGCCAGCUCUUGGACAGAAGUUCGACCAGGUGUGUUCAUGCGUUCUGCCGAAGCUCCGCUCCAGGACAAUUCCAAGCUCAGACCGGGUCAGAAGGUCGAAGAGUAUUUGCAGCUCUUGGCAUCCCUGCCAAAGCUCGCCUACGACACCAACUUGGGCAGCUUCGCCAUGCAGCAAGGAGAGCUUCAAGUCUUACCAGGCUGGGCAUCCAGCUCUCCAGAACUUCAAGACGUUUUUGGAGAGUCAUCCGAACUCCAAGGCAUUCUCUCAAGUCUCGUACAGAGAACCGAGCAUCGCGAGUGCAUCAACCUGGCCGGCCAAAGAUGCGACGUGCACCACUGGACGCCGGAUCCGCGCCCCUGGCCUAACCCUGUUGCUGCCCGUGGGGCUCGCUGUUCCUGGCUUGACGAAGCCGUGAAGGCGGCAGGAGGCCUUCCCACAGGCUUGGGAGCCAGUCGCCUGCUCGGAAGCUCGGAGAGGAUGGCACGUCUUGCUUGCGAGGUCGAGGGCAUUGAGGUGAUCGUGCUCCGAGAUCCUCCAGUGGUGCAAGUUUUCGAGCAGUGCUCGCACGCGAGGAUGGUCUUUCGAAGAUUGCGAUGGACCAGCGAUGCCUGUUGGUGCUUCACAGGCUUCGCCUCCCAGGAGCCCUGGAGCUCUGGGUCGGGCACUUGGUGCCUCUGCUCUGGACAAGGAGGAAUCCCUGGCUCCUCCGGCAAGCAGCCCCCGGCACCCGGAAGCAAAGAGACCGUGCUCAUCCAGAGGGACUUGCAGGAGGAAGGCAAGGCCGUGCGGGAGGCGCUCGUUCCGUCUGAUCUGAUGAGGGGCCUCCUUCCCGAGACCUUGCUACGCGCUUUUCGAUUCUGGAGGGGCGCCGAUGGGCUUAUGCGUGGAGAGGAGAGGCACCCAACACAGCCUGGUCAGCAUCUGCAGGUGGAGCGCAUUGACGACGACCGGGUCAGAGUCUGGCGGUAUCUGGCGUCCAGCCAUGUGGAUGCAGCUCAAGCCAAGCAGACGCCCCACAGGCAGCUGCUGCUGAACCUCAUGCUCAGCCAGAGCGACUCUCCUUUGCGGCGCCUGGCUGACGUGCUGACACGCAUAGAAGACCUGGCCUUCAUUCUCUGCUGGGCAGACGAGCAAGGUCGGGUGGCGGAAGUGGCACUGCCGCGGCUUGGACUAAACUUCAAGGUGAACCGCCAAGGGUGCCUCGAAUGCCUGGGCUUUGGCGGCCUCAGCAUCGCGGCCGAAGCACGCCUGGCGGAACAGUCGGUCUCAAGCAAAGUCCGGCAUCGACUGCAGCAGUUCGGCGGCGCAGCUCUGCUUCUACAGGGCGAGGAGGGUGAACUGGCCGUCCUGUGCUCUGCGCUGCAGCGCCCGCGGCGUCCUGCUGGAGGGCCUUCACCCGUGGAAUGGGGGGCCCCGUUGGUGUUUGAUCGAAGCAAGCGGAGGAGCUUCAGCAGCGACUCGCCUGGGCCGGGUCACUACUUCUUCUCCCUCCACUCCUCGCAGACCUACGCGCAAGCACAGGACCUCGCCGCAGAGCUCUACCGCCUAACUUGCUGCUGGCUUAUGCACCGCUACGACGAGGUGGUGCGAUCUGCCAGCUCUCUAGGCUGCGACGCUCUCACCUCACAGGAGGCCGCCUUGUGGUCGCAGCUCGGCAGCGAGACGGCGCACGAUCAGCAUGUGGACGCCCACGCAUGUCGCCUUCAUCUCUCCACAGCACUGCAACCUUUAGGUUUGGAGCCUCCGUGGUCCGUGAGGGAUGCGUACGUUCAGUUUCUGCUCAACCGCCAUCACUGUUCAGCAAGCUGCCUCCUGACGCCAGAGCUGGAGCUGCAGGUGUUGAAGAUGGUGCCGGAGCUGGAUGGCAUCAGCUGGCUCCUGCGCAACCGCCGGCGCAUCCUCGAGGCACAGAGUGGCGUUCUUGUAUGUCUGGAGCCGCCACCCCUUGCUCCGGGCGACGGCUAUGAGGUCAAAGUUUUCUCUGAGACCUCAGCGGCUGAAUGGACUUCGACGAUCAGCUUGGCACCAUCGGCAGAGGAGCACCCACGCAGUGGCCCUUCAGCCCUUCGCUUCAUUGAGCAGCAGCUUUCAUCCGGACCUUUCUCGAUGCAGCAAGCCUUUGAGAUCUUCACGCGCGUGACCUCAUUGCAGCCUUUUCCAGAUGAUGCUCCUCAUUUGGUUGCUGCUUGCCUGGCCCGGGCUUAUGGACCAGCUUCUGCGGCUCUGGCGGCUCUUGCACGCGACGAAGGGCUUGUGGACAAGCUCCCCAAAGCGCCAAAGAAGCAAGGCCUGCUGCCAACUGCAGCGCACAAGCGAUGGUUGCAAGAGGUUCGAGAAAAGUUGGCGUCGGCCGUGCGGAGCAGUCCAUUGCCCGAGCCGCCGGCGCCGGCAGCAGUUCCUCGAGAGGUCCUCUUGCAGCACGGUGCUCUGCGACUCGCGGCCUGGCCCAUCGUGCAGGUUGCGGAUUGUGAUAUGCGCACAGUGUCGGGUAUCGCGGCCUUGCGGAAGCCACUGAAGGAGAUUUGCGAAUCAUUCUUCAACCUUGUUCCCACGACUCAGGGCGCCCCAGCCCUUGCACCGUGGCUUCUGCGUGAGAUCCAGGCAGACCAGCGCUGCACGUCUAGAGGAGCCCGAUGGGUCAAGCGCUUAGAGGAGUCGCUGUUGGAACUGCAGGCGACUGUCCAGGUGCCGGCGCUCCGUGGCCACAUCCAGGAACUGACUUUGACUUUGCAGAGGCAGCUGCAGCAAGAUCGCAGACAAGCUGCAGAGGCCAUCACAGCUGCUGAGGAAGCGGCUGCAGAGACUUCAAACAAUUCAGCAUCAGCUCUUCGAGCUUUACAGCUCAAAGGGGGCCUUGCGCCCCGGCUUGAUUUCUGUGGCCUUCUCCGUCUUUGGAUGGCUGAGCAGGGCGGGGAGAUUCUAUGCAAGCAUGGAGUCGACGAGGACAAGGUGCUGGGGCUCGUGGCCGACUCCCUGGUGCUGCAGGUUCGCGCAGCUCAGUGUGCCAGCGCUUUGCGAGCCCUCCGUGCAGAGGAUGGACGGUCUGUAGAGCUGAAGACCAAAGCAGCCGCGGAGGAAGUCGCCAAGGAGCGGCACUACUUGGCGCCGAAUCCAUGCGGAGUGGGUUUCGUUCUUGAUCCACGUCUGCUGGCUGUCGAGUUCCUCUUUGGCAUAAUGCUUCGAGAGACCCAGGUUGAGGUGCUGCGAGCUUUCCUGCAAGGCAAAGAGGACAGCUGGGUUCAUCAGAUGCUGAUGGGAGGUGGUAAAACUUGCGUGAUAGCCCCAAUCUCGGCAGCCCUCCUAGCCACGCCUUCGCGACUUUUCGUCGCUAUCGUCCCGUCCAGCCUCCUGACCUUCUCUCGAAAUCAGCUCCGCUCCCGUCUUUGCAACCCCUGCUUGGGGGUUCCUGUUCUUACUUUUGAUUUUUCCCGCGAGACGCGAGUCACUUCGCAGCUUCUGCACCGACUGCAGCAUGCGCGACGAAAGCGUAGCGCCGUUUGCGCCUCGCCACAAAGCAUUAAGUCGCUGCUCCUGCGUGUCGCCGAGCUGGCAGGGCAGCAAACCUCCACGGUUGUUACCGCCACUGCGACCGGAAGAAUGCGCAGAUUUUUGAGUGCUGUGGGCAUCGGAAGUGAAGGAGGCACAAAGCAGCUUCCGGAAGUCAGUGCUGAAGAAGCACUCCAGAAUGCGAGAAAGAUGCUGGAGCUCUUCAGAGGAGCGACGGCAUUGAUCGAUGAGAUUGACUGGGUGAUGCACCCUUUGAAGAGCGAGCUGCAUUGGCCCUGUGGACCAGUUCGCGCACUCGACAUGGCUGAAGCCACAGCAACCUGCCCAGAGUCUGGGUCGAGGUGGCGAAUCAUGGGAUGCCUGGUGGAUGCUGUCCAAGAGAUGGGCAGCAGUCUCCACGCGGCAUUCGAGGCGGGUGUUCGGGAGCACAAGAUGAUGAUGAAGCCAAAUCCAGUAGUACUGGACAGAAGGUGGUAUUAUGUGCGGCUGCUGCCGCUCUUGGCAACCGAACUCGCCAGUUUUCUGGGACCGCGCACACCGGUGCCACGAGAGGAGUUGCUCUCAUUUUUUGGUCCGGAAGGUCGCUGUGGUCCCACUUUGACAAGGCUCCCGGAUGCAGAAACCAAGCUCCUGACACUUGGUCGGCAGCUGCUCCACAGCGUCUUCCCACACCUGCUCAGUUUGCCUCAUCGCAUUCGAUAUGGUUUGCUGCCAGAUCGAGCAGCCAGCACAGCUGGGCUGAGCACACGUGGCCGCGGCGCACGACGGGCUUUGCUCGCAGUACCAUUCAUUGGCAAGGACUGUCCCUCCACGGCCUCAGAGUUUGCCCAUCCCGACGUUGCCAUCGGGUUGACGCUCCUGGCCUACCGCUACGAGGGUCUUCGGAAGCAAGACUUCGUUCUCCUGCUGAAGCUUCUUCGGGCAGAAAUGGACGAAGAGAGAGGGCCACACGCAAGGAGGCCGACCUGUCUUCGAUGGGUCUCCUGGAUCAAGGAGGCUGGUGGCCGUGUCACUGGCUUCAGUUGGGCUGGACAGUACCUUUCUGACAUGCCGAAGGACGAGGCUCGGUUGGAUUCCCCUCCUGCCAAUCAGCCUUUGCUUGCAGAUGAUGGACUGGAAGAGCUGCGUGCCAACGUGUGGCCUCUGGAGAGGGUAAGCCUAAAAGACAAGCAGCAGGUGCACUUGCUGUGGUGCUUACUGCAACGCACAGUCGGCGCCGUCAAGUACUAUCUGUACGAGCAUGUUUUUCCAGGCGUCAUGGGCCUGAGUGACUCGCUGCUGUCGUGCACAGCACAGGAGCUUGGGAGCGGUGUGCUCUUCGGUCGGCGUCUCGGCUUCAGUGGUACGCCCUCGGAGGUGCUGCCUGCAAGUAUGGGCAAGAUCCAUUACGAGCAGGGUUGUGACGCGAAGAUUUUGAGCACACUUCUGAAUGCCAAUGUCGUCACUCGGACAGAGACUCUCCCAGCAGGGUGGGAUCCUUCGUGGCUUCUGCAGCGAGCUGCGACAGGGGAGUUCCACGCGCUCAUCGAUGCGGGGGCAUUGGUGGUUGGCUUGUCGAACUUCACCGCAGCCUCGAAGCUCCUGGAGUCAUUGCCGUCAUCCUCGUUUUUCGGCGUGGUGUUCUUGACUGAAGCGGAUGAGUCAGUAGUGCUGGUCCGAGACGGGCGCAUCUUGCCCUUGGCCGACUGCGGCUUGUCCCCAGAGCAGAGAUUCACGUUCUACGACCACGUGCAUACCACUGGGCUCGAUGUGCCGCAAGCUCCCUAUGCACGUGCUGCUCUGACGUUGGGUAAAGACAUGCUGUGGAGAGACUACGCACAGGCCGCUUUUCGCAUGCGAGGGCUCGGACCAGGUGCGCAGACGUUACAAUUGCUGGUGCCUCCGGAAAUUCGUCACCUUGUAGUGGCAGCCGAGGAGGCCGAGGUCGACUUAGAGCCUCCAGCGCCGGUGGCAAACUGCUCGCCCAACGACGACCUCAUUUCCCUGAGUCCCGUGGUUGACAUCGGCCUGAACAGCUUCGCUCAGGCAAGUCAGCCAACGACCACACUCCAAUUUGGCUUGGAUUCCCUGCUGGCUUUUGAUGCCUUGGCACCUUCAAGCUACCCGAAGCAAAGCAUUCAGGCUCAGACAAGCCCUGAAGAGCACAAGAAAGAGCUCGCUGCGAUCUUGCGAUGGACGGGCGGCAACACGCUUGACAGUGACAUCAAACAGUUCGCCUUGCUCUGUGAGCAGAAUGUGGAGGCUCUUUGGAGGAGUCGUGCCUGGUCUGUAGUUCAGGGCAAGGACAAGGAGGCUUCGAUGGGCUUGUCCGCAAGCUUGACAGUACUGCGGAUGCCCAGAGAAGAUGUUAUACCGAACGAUCCCGAUCCGCUGGUUGAGGAGCGAACACUCAGCGAGCGGCUGGCAGAGAGGCUUCGUGCACAUGCGCACUGGAUCACUCCAGAGGUACAGCAAAUUGGCAAUGAGUUGAUUGCCGAGGCUUCGGGCCUUGAUCAACGAGGACUGCUGGGAAAGGGGAAGCUCGGGAAGCUCGGGCCGGGCUCGGUCUUCAAGGGCCUGGAGCAGGAGCAGGUACAGGAGGAAGAGCAGGAAGAAGAGCAGGAACAGGAGCAAGAGGAAGAACAGGAGCAGGAAGAGGAGGUGGAGCAGGAAGACGAGGAGGAAGAAGCCGCAGAUCAGAAGUAUUCGAGAGAAGACGAAGGCGAAUGCGCGUGGAAUCCCAAAAUCCUGUCCGAAGAGCCAAAGCUUGCUGAUGGCAGCUACACGUUCUACAGGUGCUGUGAGGGACUCUCCGUCUUCAAUGGCAAGCUGAUGCAGGCACAGAAAAGCCUUCGAUUUCCGCCGUGGUUCGUGGCAUCACAGAACUACUUUCGGCAGCAGUGGCGACUUAAGACCGUCCGCCGCCUGAAAUGCUGCUUGAUGUUAGCAGAGUGGGUGCCUGGUGGGCGUACGCGGGAGCUUCUUCAGCAAAUCGAGGGCAUCGCAUCCGACUCCGAUGCGCUCCGUGCAGCUUUGAAUGCCCUGGAGCUGGAAGGUGUGGAGGAGCUAACAGAAGCACAGUCGAAAUCCUUGAUGGAAUGCUUGCAUCUUCAAGUUGGCCAGAAGCUCCCGGUUUCCAGGACGGUGGCUGACCUCGCCCGCUUAAUGCAGUCCGAGGCUCCAAUGUGCCCCAUCCAGCCUGGACGUUACUUCUGCUUAGUCUCCCUCCUGGAAGCGGAGCACUUGCGAGCUGUCCUUCACAGCCGCCCUCCUUUCCCUAUGGGCAUUGCGCUGCGUGCCCCUGUGGCUUUGGAGGGGCAGCCGCUGGACACAAGCAAUGAUUUCUCCUUGGGCCCCUCCUUUCAGGCUUUUGCUGCAAGCCAGCUGAGCCGCUUCGUAGAUUCAGAGGUCUCGUUUAGCGCUCGGGAGCUGUGUGCAGUGGACCUGUGCCUAACGGGAAGCAAGCACGCUGAGCGCCUGGAGUGGUGGGAGCAAGUGCGGCAUUGCAGACGUCGGGCACAAGCCCGACCUGUGCCAUCGUUGUCUGUCGCUGCUUUGCUGCUUCCGCCCAGUAUUCGGCACAAGGCACGGCUGGAGAGCUCCAUCGCCAAGGUAAGAACUGUCUUGAGACGGCGUGGGGCAAAUGCAAGGCAGCUGUUUGCCCUGCAGGCCGGAGGAAAGUGUCUGCACCUGAGCGCUCGAGAUCUCGCUCAAGCGCUUCAGCAGUUCGGUCUCCUGGAUGCGAUGGAGGCCGGCAGGCUCGCGCUCACCGCAGCCAGGAUGGACGCCGAGGGUGUGACGAUGGAGAGAGCGAGCGUGAGCCUCUCGAGCUUCUUGCAGCUUAUGGGAUCCAUCGGGGGUGGCGACGACAUCGAUGAAGCCGAAGGCAAAGAAGCUGUUUUGGAAGCCGCUCCUUCGCCAUCUGCUGCCCUGGCCGAGUGCCAAUUGAAUUUAGAGGCUGGGCGCUGGUCAGUCAAAGUACUCGCGCAUGACCGCCUGGUCGAAGUCUGGACGUCCCGGAAAGUACCGGGCACUGAGGCGAGACCCUUCAGCAUCUGGCGGCCGGACCUAAAGUCUGGUGCAGCUGCCGGUGGCAACUCCAUUCAGCAAGGGCUCAGGAACCUCGUGGGAGCAGGGAAUGGACGCCUCUUCUUCCUGGGAGACAUCGGACGGCGCGGUCUGGACGCGCCGACGGCAUGUUUGGUCGUGAGGAUCAAACCCUCAAAAAGCCCUCCCAAAGGAGGAGGACUUGGAUUAGGACUGGAUGCUUGGAUGUCGCGGUUCUUGCCGCGACCCGUCGCAUUCCGAUUGAUUUGGUACGACCGACGCGGUGCCACAUCUGAAGCCUCCGCCCAAAGUCAGGGUUCAUCCGGUGCGCAAAACCCAGGCGGUGAAGGCUUGUACGUGUGGCGGCCAGUUCCUCCCAGCGACCUCUACAUAGCUCUGGGUGCUGUUUGCACCACGGACUCUUCUGAGCCUCGGGGGGUUGACGUUCGCUGUGUGCCGCGAGCGUGGCUGGUUCGUGGGGAUUCCCUGGGGCCAACUCUUUGGAGCUUGGGCGACCGGCAAGAAGUCCGGGUACAAGAAGCACUAGGUGGAGUCAUCGCUUGCCCAACGGAGAACCUCCGAUAUCUUCCCAGCUGGGGGUUCAUAUCCGAGAAGUUCUUCGUUGGAUCGUGA